UACUUCCUUACACUCCCCAAGCCUAUCACCACCCCCAAGCCCCAACCAGGUUGGUGGUAGGGCGGGCUGUGAGGCAGAUGGCUGGGGUAUUUAUAACAAAGAGUACUUCUUGAGAAAAGUGACUAAGAUGCUAAGAGCAUAUUUAUAGCUGGGUUCUGACGUAAGUGUCAGUGGGGAGGUAGGGCCAGGCCAGGCACAGCAGCAAGAGGGUAGGAAAAGCUGGGAAUUGGGGGCAUCUGACGGCAAGGGUAGAGAAGAGGUGUGGUCAGCGACUCCUGAAGCCACUUCUUGCUGCUUCCCCUGUCUUCUGGCACCAACAGGUAAGCCUUCUGAGACAUCACCAGGGGCAGAAACCUCUAGUUUGUAGUUCCAUGGUCCAGACCCCAAGGGGUAGAGAGCUGUCACUCCAGCCCCCACCAACAGAGGGAUUGCUGGGAGCUGGAGGGAGCACUGGACAGAGGGGCUUGAAUAUGUUCCAGGACCUGGGGAGAUAGGCAGCGUGAACUGAGGGUCUCAGUCUCGUUGUUCUUUCUCCCCUCCCACGACAUGGUGCCCUGAGUUUCUAGGAAGAACCUGACUCCCAUCACCUAGCUCCACUGCCACUCAUCAAUGUGAUGAGGUCCAAAACCAAAGGCAGCAGUGAUGUGGGUCCUGAUGACCGCCUCUGCUGUCUGGCAGGGGCGAGAGGAGAAGACAGAGGGCCAGCUUUCUGGCUUUGUGUUGGAGAGGCAGGAGAGGGUGGGAAGCGCCCAUCUCUCCACUCCCCGAGCAGCCCCUUCCUUAGGAGCCGGUCCUUGCUAAGCCUGCUGCUGUCCAGUGGCACGGCACUGCCGCAUGGUGGACACUGGAGGUACUGCGCCCAGUCCCCAAAGGACCGCCUCUCUCCCCCAGUUCCCCCAGUGCCGCAUCUAGUAUUCUCUCUUUACAGCCCCCGUGGCUAAAUAGAAGAGAGAUUAUUAAACGUUGUAGUGGCACAUUUCCAAGUCACGCUCACUUCCUCCCAGCUUUUUGAAGAAACUGGAGUAUAUGGAGAAGGACUAGCAUUAGGCCUACCUUCAUGGGUUCAAGGUGCAAGGAAGGGCCUGGGUCAGUGAGAAAUGUGCUAAGCAGAGCUGGGAUUGGAAGGAAGUCUGCUGCCCUCACCUUGCUUUGCCCCUAAAAGUCCUUAAGCCUCCCAUUGUCCAUCCCAUUACUAGAGGCCCAGCAUCACUUCUAGGAUGCCCCAAACUUACGCAAUUCUCACAGUGCCCUGAAAGAGAACCAGCAGUUGGGUGCAGGUCCUCCCAAGUGCCAUGCCCUCUGCCAGCCUUGAUGGACUUUGCUCUGCUGUAAGAUUGCGUCAUCGCCACCGCUGCCUUGCUGGGUUUCCCGCGACAUCACAGUAACAUGUCCCCACCGUACUCUGGCCCUCCUCCACACUGUGCUCUAGUCCAACUGGACUCUGGGCGGCCAGCACAGUCAGGGUCAGGAGGUGACUUCUGUGCCCUGUGGCACUGCCACCUUGGCCUGGGCAAGAGGACUUCAUUCUUCCUGCCCCCCACCAACCUCUCACCCCUGUCCCAGCCCCAUUGCUAGACAUGAAAAACCAGAGUGCUCCUUCCAUCCCAGAGACCCCAGAGAGAGAACCACUAGAACUCACAGCUGCCUCAUGGGAACUGCUGCAGCAGUGGUGGCUGGGCGAGCUAGAAAGACUGGAGGUAUGGGGGCAAAUUGCCCUUCCCCAGUUUGCUCAUAUGGAGUUCCCUCCUCCAAGCCCCAGACCUUGGGGACUGAGCAUGUGAAAUCACCCUCUUUCUUGCAUCAUGCGUGUCCACAUUGCCCCUCCGCCCCCAUACCCAUACCUCAAACUUAGUGACUAGGGCCAGAUGGUGAAACCUGAGCUCUGGGGGGGGACGGGGGGGGGGGACUCCACCCCCUGCAGGGGCCUGAUGGGCAGCACAGCUGGCCAAUCCUGGGGCUCAGAGGGUAGGCCUGCCAGCUGACCACUAGGUGAGGGAGCCCCAGGUUGCCUGCUCUAAAGAAGCCCCAAGCAGUGACCAGACAAGAGCUGUGAGGGUCAAACUCCCAGAUGGUGCUAAACACAGCUAUCCAUUGGACCACCCACUUUCUGCCUUCCUGAGUCCUAGGCAAUAGAAGACAGGUGGCUCUACCCUUGGCCAAGGAUAGGUGUGGCACUGGUGUCUGCUGCUGCGAGGCCCUCACUGGCCUCCACACAAUCAGAUCAACAGAAGGAGCGACUGCCACCCGAGGCUCCUGCCCUGACCCAGGGUCCUUUACCAGGAGUAUGGGGAUCCGUGAUGUCCAGCUCUGGCCAGUGCUGCUGUGGGCACUGUUGUGGGCACUACGGUGGGCACAGGGGGCAGGGGCUGUGUGUCCUUCCUGUGGGGGCCCCACACUGGCACCCCAAGCAGAGCGAGCUCUGGUCCUGGAGCUAGCCAAGCAGCAAAUUUUGGAUGGGCUGCACCUGACCAGCCGUCCCAGAAUAAUUCACCCUCUACCCCAGGCAGCGCUGACCAGAGCCCUCCGGAGACUACAGCCAGGAAGUAUGGCUCCAGUGAAUGGGGAGGAAAUCAUCAGCUUUGCUGCCAACACAGAGUCCUCCACUGCAACCUGCAGCUCCAUGCUCACCUUCCACCUGUCUACUCCUCAGUUCCACCACCUGUACUAUGCUCGCCUCUGGCUGCACGUGCGUCCCACCCUUCCUGGCACUCUUUACGUGAGGAUCUUCCACUGGGGCCCGAGAAGGAAGCGCCAAGGGUCCCGCACCCUCCUGGCUGAGCACCAAAUGACAACCCCGGGCUGGCAUGCUCUGGCUCUGCCUUCUAGUGGUUUGAGGGGUGAGGAGUCUGGGGUCCUGAAACUCCAGCUGGACUGCAGACCCCUAGAAGGCAACAACUCUGCUGCCAGACCACCUCGGCGGCUCCUGAACACAACGGGAGACCAGCGACCCUUCCUGGAGCUUAAGAUCCAGCCCAAUGAGCCUGGAGCAGGCCGGACCAGGAGGAGGACCCCCACCUGUGAGCCUGAGACCCCCUUAUGUUGUAGGCGAGACCAUUAUGUAGACUUCCAGGAGCUGGGAUGGCAGGACUGGAUCCUGCAGCCUGAGGGGUACCAGCUAAAUUACUGUAGUGGGCAGUGUCCCCCUCACCUGGCUGGCAGCCCAGGCAUUACUGCCUCCUUCCAUUCUGCUGUCUUCAACCUCCUCAAGGCCAACAACCCUUGGCCCUUGGGUACCUCUUGCUGUGUGCCUACUGCCCGAAGGCCUCUCUCUAUCCUCUACCUUGACCGUGAUGGUAAUGUGGUCAAGACAGAUGUGCCAGACAUGGUGGUAGAGGCCUGUGGCUGCAGCUAGCAAGAGGACCUGAGGGUCUGGAGUAAAGAAAUCAAACUGGGGGUUCCCAGGCAAAGGGCAUCUGUGGCUGGAGGCAUCAGAUUCCUGAGCCACACCUCCACCCAAUGGGCCACCUGGUAGUAUUUCUGGGUUGACCCUUAUGGGACCCAAAUGGGCACUUUCUUGUCCAGACUCUGGCCUAUUUCAGGUUGGUUGAUGUGUGGGAGAUGGGCAAAGUGUGCCGUCUAAAGGAGUCUACCCAGAAAGCAUGAUUUCCUACCCUAAGUCCUAUGAGAAGAUGGCAGAAGUGAGGGAGGGAGGGGGGAGGGAGAAGGCAGAGAAAAAUUACUUAGUCUCUCUCAGGAAAAGAAAGUCCAGUAGUGAGGGAAGGAAGAAGCAGUCCCAGAGCCCAGAAGGCUUGGGACAGGGGAAACAGGCUAGCCAAGGGAAGGGGCAGUUGAAUUGCUUAAGGCAGGGCCAAGGAGACGGGCAAGUGGCUGAGAGAAGGUGUUUAGGACAGCUCCAGAAAGGGGAGCCAGGAGUGAGGCGCCUGAGAAGUUCCCUGGCUUUUCCCAGGUGUGGGGCAGGACCCACUAAGGGGACAAACAUUUAUACUUACCUAAUAAAAAGGAGGGAAAACAUCAGCUAUGAGUCAUGAAGAAAAGCUGUGGUGAGGGUCCAGAACAUCGGUUUUCAAGGUGUGGUCUGGGGAGCCCUGGGAGGUCCCUGAGACUUUUUCAGGGGUGUUCACAAGAUCAGAACUAUUUUCAUAAUAAUACUAAGAUGUUAUUUGUCUUCUUCAUUUUCAUUAUCUCAAAAGCAUACAGUGGAGUUUUCUGGAACUUGUAUGGCAUCUGACAUUGUUAAUGGGAUGUGUGCUUGUGUAUUCCUGCAUUACAAGUUUUUUCAGUUUUGACUUCAAAUAUGGUAAAUUGAUAGACACCACAGUAACAAAAGUUGAAUAAUUUCUAAGAGUGCAGCAGAGACUUGAAACCAA